AUGUCAUCUUGGUCUUCAAAGCCUGUUAACAAGAAUGAGCAGAUCUCAGUUCCACCUGCGAGUGACUUGAAAUCUACUUGGGCGUUUCUACAAGAUGGAAUUGAGCAGAUAAUGACUAGACUGAGAGAUGGAAUGACGUAUUCCAAGUAUAUGAGCUUAUAUACGACAUCAUAUAACUACUGUACAAGCUCAAGAAUGAAUACAGCCACUGAACCACUUGGUACCGGUAGAACUGCAGGUGCCAAUCUAAUGGGCUCUGAUUUAUACUCAAAUCUAAUAAAAUACUUGACAAGCCACCUGAAGCAAGUCAAGGAGCUCUCAGAUCCUCUUUAUGACUUGCAGCUUCUCCAAUUCUAUGCCGCUGAAUGGGAUAGAUUCACGACCGCUGCUUCUUACGUCGAUCGCUUAUUCUCUUACCUCAACAAACACUGGGUUAAACGUGAGAAGGAUGAAGGUAGAAAGAACGUUUAUAACGUCUACACUUUAGCCCUCGUUCAGUGGAGAUCUUGCUUCUUUUUACCCAUUCAAGACCAGCACUCUAAGCUCAUUUCCGCACUCUUAAAGCAAAUUGAAAAACAAAGAAACGGUGAGACUGUCGAAACCACGCUCAUAAAAAAGGUUAUCGAAUCUUUAGUCUCUCUCGGCCUAGAUGAGGUUGACAGUAGCAAGCAAAAUUUAGAUAUAUACCAAGAUCAUUUUGAAUCGCCUUUCAUUCAAUCCACUCUUCUUUACUAUAAAUCUCUUUCUGACGCUUUCGUUGCUGCUAAUAGCGUCACAGAUUACCUUAAAAUGUCUCAAGAUAGGCUAGCUGAGGAGGAAGCACGCGUUGAUGUCUACCUCCACGCUUCAUCAAGGAAAUCUCUCAUCGGUGCAUGUGAAAAAGCUCUCGUUUCCGAUCACAUUGAUAUUAUCAAACAUGAAUUUGUUCAUCUCCUAGAAUUCGAUAAGGAGGAUGACCUUUAUCGCAUCUACACCCUCCUAGCACGUGUAGACGCUCUCGAUUUCCUUCGUAAGAAGUUCGAAGAUCACGUCAAGCGUACUGGCUUGGCUGCUAUUGAAAAGGUUUAUGGUAAUGCCGAGGCUUCCAAACAAGGCCCUAAGAAGGAGUCCGACAAGGGUGACCUCGAUCCUAAAGCUUACGUUGAUGCUUUACUCGACGUACAUACAAAGUGUUCUCUUACCGUCAAGAAUGCUUUUAAAGCCGAGUCUGGUUUUUCUGCUGCACUCGAUAAGGCUUGCAGAGAGGUCGUUAACAGAAACGCUGCUACUGGUACAUCCACCACUAAAUCUCCCGAGCUUAUCGCUAAACACUCCGACUCUCUUCUUAAGAAGGGUAACAAGCAAACUGAAGAGGCUGAGCUUGAAGAUGCCCUCAACCAGGUCAUGACCCUGUUCAAGUAUAUAGAAGACAAGGAUGUAUUCCAGAAAUUCUACACCAAAAUGCUCGCCAAGCGAUUGGUCAGUGGACUUUCAGCAUCCGAUGAUGGUGAGUCAUCUAUGAUAGGCAAGCUGAAAGAUGCAUGUGGAUUCGAAUACACGAAUAAGCUGCAGAGGAUGUUCACGGACAUCAGUAUAUCAAAAGAGCUGACAAAUUCGUUCAACGAGCGCAUGACGCAGACACACGACGCGUCUGAACUAGCAGUCGAUUUUGAUGUUAAAGUGCUAGCAACCAAUUUCUGGCCGAUGAACCCACCCAACACGCAAUUCAACAUGCCAGCGGAGCUCCAACCGACGUACGAGCGGUUCAACAAGUACUACAACAGCCAGCACUCUGGCCGGAAGCUGACGUGGCUAUACAAUACAUCUAAGAACGAGCUCAAGACAACACACCUCAGCCAGCCAUAUAUUUUCCUCUGCUCUACAUUCCAGCUCGCGAUACUGGUGCAGUACAACGAACACGACUCGCUCCGCUACGAUGAACUCAAGGCCGCUACUAACUUGAACGACAACUUGCUCAAACAGACGCUGGCUACACUCGUCAAAUCUAAAGUCCUCCUGCAGGACGAAGACACUUACGAUCUCAACUUUAACUUUAAGAGUAAGAAAAUUCGCGUGCAGCUCAACCAACCUAUCAAGGCGGACGUUAAGCAGGAGUCGAGCGAUGUGCUAAAGACGGUGGACGAGGACCGCAAAUUUGAAAUUCAAGCUGCGGUAGUGAGAAUUAUGAAGGCGAGAAAGACGCUUAAAUACCAGAAUCUCAUCCAAGAAGUCAUUUCCAUUGUUCAGUCGAGAUUCUCUCCCAAGGUGUCUGAUAUAAAGAAGGCUAUUGAAGCAUUGCUCGAAAAAGAUUACCUCGAGCGGAAUCUCGAAGCUGGACGAGACGUCUUCAACUAUGUGGCCUGA